AUGUCUCGUCAAGCUGCCAUCUUGGGUCUCCUUGCCCCCGCACUUAUCCAAGCUAUCCCUUUAGGUGUCGGCGUGUCUGUCGGCCUUGGUGUCAAUGCCGGUCCCCUGAUCUCAGGCCUCGUCUCACCUCUUCUUCCUGUUGUCACUCCAGUAGGAGGACUUGUCAGCGGUAUUGGCGGAGCUGUCGAGACCGCUGCAAGCGCAAUUCUCUCUGAAGUGCCAGCUCUGGCUACCGGAGUUGUCGUGCCAAUUGUUUCUGGCGUCGCCCAAGGAGCCGGAGCGGCCGUAUCGGGGGUCUCCGAAAUCUUGGACACCGCUGGUACCGCUGUGGGUCAAGUCGCCUCGCCGGCUGUCUCGCUUGUGUCCAGUAUCAUCGGCGAUGUUGGCUCCGUGGUCUCUGGAGUAGGAUCGGCCGCUACCUCAGUCGGCGGUGUCGUAGUCGGAGAUGCCAGUUCUGUCAUCUCUGGAAUCGGCUCAGCCGCUACGUCAGUUGUCGGCGAUGUGAGCUCAAUUUUGUCUGGAGUUGGAGCUACUGCUACUUCGGUUGGCGGUGUUGUGGUCAGCGAUGUGAGCGCUGUCCUCUCUGGGGUCGGAUCCGUCGCCACAUCUGUCGUAGGCGAUGUUACUUCUGUCGUACCUGAGGUUGUAGCCACUGCCACAUCCAUCGUUGGUACAGUCGUCUCAGACGUUGCAUCAGUCGUUACUGGAGUCGAAUCGGCUGCUACGUCUGUGGUGGGUGCUGUUGUAUCGGGUGUCGCUGGGACAGUCGGCGAGGUUGGCUCUGGUCUCGCGGGUGCUGUCGGUGACCUGAGCUCUGGAGUGGCCGCGGCUGUCUCGAAUGUCGGCUCUGGAGCCGCAGCUGCUGUGUCCAACAUCAGCUCUGGUGCGGCCAGUGGUAUCUCUGACGUUGGCGAGGGCCUUGAUGAAGGUGUCGGCAAUGUCCUGACUGGCGUUGAUGGUGCUGUGUCUAAUGUUGGGUCAGCCCUGAGCGCAGUACUCUCUCGCCUUGCUGCCAGGCCCACGCCCUCAUUCUGA